AUGAUAAAUGACAUAAUUUUAAUUGAUAGAAAUAAGGUAAAAACCCCAAGUGAAGAGAAAAAUGUAGAAAAAAAUGACGAAAUGAAAUUGAGAAUAUACAGCUGCCAGUUGAUACAAGAGGCUGGAAUAAUUUUAAAGCGCAAAGCUGUGACAAUAGCGACUGCCCAGGUUUUGUUUCAUCGUUUUUAUUUUAAAAAGUCCCUAACUGAUUUUGAUGCAAAGAUUAUCGCUCCUUCAUCGCUAUACUUGGCUUGUAAGUUAGAAGAAGACUUUUGUCGUGUGUACAAAAUAAUCAGCGCAUUUUAUUUUCUAUACAAGUACGAAGAUUUAAAAAGUAAGCACUACUAUUUUGAUGUAAAAAAUAUCAAGUUAGAACAUUUUAGAAUAGACACAGAAUCGCAGGAAUAUAAAAACAUGAAAGUUGAAAUUUUCACUUACGAGCUUUUGAUAUUAAAAGAAAUAGGAUUUUUAGUUCAUAAAAUAAAUCAACAUCCACAUUUAUUUCUCCUGCCGUAUAUACAUUCUCUUUUUAAUAAUUUAAACAAAUUUGAUGAGGACUUGACAAAAAAGGUAGCGCAAAUUUCGUGGGGAUUUUUAAAUGAUAGCAUGCGAACAACCUUAUGUUGCGAAUAUCAACCACGCUGCAUUGCAGUUGCAAGUAUUUUUCUGGCUGCGAACAAAUUGAACAUCCCACUAAUUCGGAGUACCAAUUGGUUCAAGUUAUUUGACGUUGAAUAUGAAGACAUAAAAAGAAUAUGCAUCCAAAUUUUGAACUUAUACAAAAUAGGACGCUGUCAUUAUAUAGACGUUUUUAAAAAUAAAAAAUCGUCUUAA